CGCUUGUUUUCGGCAGGUCUGUAGUUCGAUCCAUCGAUGCCUUGGAUUUAUGUUAGCUUAGCUAGAAUUUACACAUUGGCUGCUUUAUCAACUCUUACACCCAACUCACUGCAACCGUAGUCAUUUGUAAUACUUCCUAAGAAAUGUGGAGGCUGACAUUCAGGAAAAGAAGCUAAACAACGGUUUCAGCUGGAGAUUAUUCUAAGGUAAUGUCAGCAAUAAAGCUUGUCUCUCCCAAUAGGUUACGGUCCCUGAGGCCUCGGCAGCAUCAUGGUGGACAUUGCUGUGAAAAGCGGAGCUGCCUGGGUCUGUGCUCAGGGACAUCACUUGGCUGAUAUCCUGCUUCCUGUUCCUCUCGGUAACAAAGACGAUCAUGAAGAGGAACUCCGUCAGUCAGAGGGUGACAAGACAAACUGUGGGGCCCCAGUGUUGUUGGAGCAGACAGAGGAAGGGUCUCCUUGUGUCCUGAUGCUCAACUGCGGCCCCUGCUCUCCUUCUGCCAUCUGCCGCAUACUGGUCAUCAGCGAGGCUCGAACCAUGGAGGUGUAUGACCAGACGGGAGAAUACUGCGGCACAGUACGCGGGGAACGGGAGGACAGCGUCCAGCCAGACAGGUCAGACAGAGGGCCUUUCUACAAGACACAGCUGGUCCUCGAGCAUCCGUCCUCAUCCUGUGAAUUUAAGCUGCUCUCCCUAGGCGGUAGAAGCAGUGUUUUAGUGUGUCGGGUCGUCGUGGGCCUCCAGAGCCUAGAGCCCUGCGCGUCACGGGGCCCCGGCAUCGACAUGCAGCAGGUGCAGUGUCUGGUCGAGGAGAUGGGAACGAGCCUCUCUCCAGGAGCCCAGAACCUCAUGGAGAUGGUGCACUUCCAGCAGAAGAACCAGACCAGCUCUCUGGGCGGCUUCCUGCCUCUCCUGAUGGGUGGUGGAGUUUUCUCUGCCCUGUGUCAAGGAGCAACCAUCUCCGCAACGCCCCCCGGCAACCAUCCCAACCCUGCGGACUCCAGGCCUCCAGUCGGCUCCAUCAGGCCUGCAGGUGAAGCUCCACCGGCUCAGAACGGAGCGAUGUCAGACGGACCCGCCACCCUCUCCCCAGACCUGCAUGCCCUCACCCAGAAUAUCAUGAGCAGCGGGGGCCGAGGCCCGGUGAGCCACAGCCAGCUGGCAGAGAUAAUGUCACACUUAAUGAAAGGGCAGGAGCACGGUGAGAGCCCCGGCCCCGAGCUUCGGCCAUUACUCCAGGGUCUCUGUGGUCAGGUGACCAAGCUGAGGCUAGAUGACGCUGCAGCGCUGGCAGAGAAGGAGAAGAGGAUGAGAAAUGGCUCAUGGGAGUUGGACUCGGCCAUGGAGCGUCGUUUGGAGGACAUGGAGAGGAGGCUGAAGGAGCAUGUGGACCGGCGCCUGGACGCUCUGGAGCAGAAGCUGGAGAAGGCCCUGCUGGUCGCCCUCGGCCAGGGAGUCAUGAGCAGCUCAGCGGGAGGGGGAGCCUCCCCAGGACUGUCGGAGCAGACUGCCCAGACAUCGGCCUCCCAAUGACCUCCACACUUCUAAAAGACUAACAAGAUAUAUAACCUGGAAGCAUUUCUGUCCGAGAGGCAGUGCAGGACGCAGACACAACAGUUUUUAAAAAGGGCUGACAUGAAAUAACCCAAUAAUCUGCUGUCACUUAAGAUGCUGUGUCCAGCCUCUGUAGCGGUUAGUUUAUCUCUAAUCUCUGGGGAAACUAAAAACUAAAUGUGACACUAGUGGACAGCCACAGUGAAAUACCUGGAUGUAGGACUGUCGAAAGAGAACCAAAAAUGUGUAACCGCAGAAAUCCCAUGACUAGAUCACACAACAAACAUGUCCUGUGGCUGCAAUGCAUUAUGGGAAAGAUUGGAGUACAUCACCCCAAAAAAAAAAACGAGCAAGUUUUUGAAACCAUUAAACAAGAAAUGAAGUAAAACGGAUCGUGACCAACAUGUGAUCUUAUCCAUGUUGUUGGCAGGUUUUAGAAUGAUAAUCAUGUUCACGAAACCCCAGCAGAACAUUUAUUUAUUCACAUUAAAAUAUGCUCCAAUGUGUCCUCACAGGAUACGUGAUCUACACGAUCCUCGACUAUAAAACCUUUAUUCUCAUCACCAACAUGUACUGUAACAGCCUACUGGGAAGCGUUCUGGUCAGGCCUUAAAUGUCAGGUUCAGUACGGUUUGGUUUGGAACACAUAUACUCCUGUAAGAGGAGUGUGUUGAACUGAUAUAAAUGUGUUUUAUUAUGAUGCUGUAAUGUCCGAAAUAAUGUACAUGUCUAACAGUUUGGUGCCAAUGCUUACUAAAGGACUGUUGGAGCUGUGAUGUUAAAGGUUUUAAUUAAUGUGCUGAAGUAGCAAUAAAAAUAUAUUUAUGCAGA